CUCUUGUUUUCCUAGGUCAUGUUACUAACUCAACGAGGAAUUUCCAAAUACCCUGUGACCAGGUUUGCUAAAUAUAAACAAGGAACGAUCACAGUGAAUCGUGUUGAUAGCAGAAUGAAGCCCAUCUUUCUCAGAGUUCUAACGGUUCCAUUGCUUUGCCAUUUAGCGCUAGGAUGCUGUACCCCCGAACAAUGGAGCGGAGAUAUGGGUUUUUUGGUUGGCACUAAUAAUAACGGGCAAGGGGGAUUAGAAGUGGGAAAAGUCAAGCUUUUCUAUGAUGCCAAGAACACAAAAAUAGCCAGUUUCUCAGAGAGAGUUGUAAACGGAAAACUCUUCAAAGGAGUCAUGGUUCAGAACUUUGAAGAAGGAGUUCAAUAUACUGUCGUGAACGGUGUCUGCAAUACCACCAGACUGGCGAGAAAAGGAUUUACACCUGCCUGUGUACCUAAGGGAAGCAAAAAAGUGAGUAACACACAUUUGGGGACAUCUACUGACUCUCUGGACGUUAGUUCAUACGAGAUCCCGAUAAAGCAGUACAACACAAAUGCUUAUUUCUUGAUCACUAACAAGUUGUGUAUCCCUGUCGGAGAUACCAUCACAGCAGGCACAGAGAAAGCUGGUUUCAUGGCCAGUGUUGGAUACACAGGAUUUGAGCCUGGGAUAAAGGACCCCAGAGUUUUCGACAAACCAAGAGAAUGCAGCAGUACAAUAGAGGAGGGGGAAAUAGAUCUGUUUGAAAGGUUUGGGUUGUUCAACCACAAAACAUCCAGUCUGUUUAGAUAGAAAAAUGCUGUGAAGCCUGCAGGAAAUCCAAGGAAAACUUACAUCAGUCGUAUUUUGAAAAUACAAUUUUUUGACAUUUUUUGUAUGCAUAGGAAUCUCCUAUAUGCUUUAUGAACAAUUUGUCCAUAGCAAUGUCGCCAUCACAAUAUUCCAGACUUUAUAGUUUUGUAUUUUUUAUUUUGCUUAAAAAAUCAUUUGAUUACAAAAUAUCAUACCAUACACAAUACAUCUCAUAAUCUUAGCUGUUUUUGAGAUACUUGAUGCUAUUUUUCAUACGUGUUUUGCCUCAUUUUUACUUUAAAUAAACUUUUUUUCAUUUUGCAUAAA